AUGACGGCUGUGCGAGAGUACCUCAUCUAUGGUGUCGAUGACGCCCAUAAGCACCUCUGGCCCGUACACUACCACCUUCUUAGGAAUGACUUCCUAGCUGCAAUAGACGCCAUCAGGCGAGGAGCGGAUCCGCUGAUCACCGACAGCAGAGGUGAGAGCGCGUUGGCGCUGUGCUACGAGCUCUUUUUCAAGACCAUUAACAAAUGCCUGAAUUCCACGGUUCCUUUGGGAAACCGCAAGUGCCAUCAAGCCCCUCAAACUACCUACACGGCGCCAACGCCUAAAAGGCACAAAUUGGAGACCACGCCCGAGCUUCAUGGCAUGGCCGACUACAAGCCGGCGGGCAAACCCGCCAUAAAAGCUGACCAGUGUGCCGAUCCGCCACUUUUCACGUCCCAGAUCGACUUCGUUGUCGCCAACCACGACGUCGACGCCGCAUCUACAGUGCAUACGUCGCUCUUUAGGCGCGCGAAGGGGCUGCUGGCGGUGCUGAGAACAGCGUCGGAGAAAGAUGGCAUGUUGCUGCACUCCAAGCGUGAACUGUUGCGCGCCAUUCGGGGUCUGGAGUACCCCGGUCUUUACGCGUCACUCAUGGACCACAUGUUCCUGCAAAGCGCUGGCUACGGUCUGAAGCAUAUGGACAAUACGGAUGUUUGGGAUGCACGGUGUCUAUGGCGGGCCGCCGCCUCUAGGCAUGCUGGGUUGCAGUCGCUGACUACCUUCGUAGCCCAGGUGGUGGAGUUGCUGGAAGAGCUCUGCAGCGUGUUUCACGUCGAUAUCUACAGCAAUUCGCUGGCCCGAAUGACGGAGCUGUACCCGGGACACGACCGGCGCCUUCUCCUCCCGGGGCUGGAAAGCGCCACCAUCGAAGUGAUAGCUCACAUGGCAUUCGUUACAAACCAUCCGCUGCUGUUCGACGCAAUGGUGUUGCAGGAGCCGUUCCAGCAGGGUAGCACUGCUUUCAAGUGGUCUGAUUUGUUGUCGCGCCUAUUAGGCGAAGCCGAGCACAUGAAACCCUUCAUGGAGCCUCUGAUGCGGCGAAGCCUGCGCAAGAAUGUGGAGAAUCGUAUUCUUCUCCACAACUAA